UGCACACGAUGAGCGGAGGGGGAGCGGGGCGGAGGAGCGGGGCAGGCACAGCCGGAUUAUGCACAGCGAGCACGGCCGUGACCGCCCCGCGCUCCGAGCGCUCCCGAGACGCUGUAAAGCCCCAAAAUCCGGUUUUUAGCACAGAGCAGGCCGUGGGGAGGGAUGGAUGCAGGCGCAGCUCGCUCGGUGCCCGGCUGCAGGAAUGUCCCGGUCCCCUCGUGAUUGGCUGCGGGAUGCUGGAGUCAGUUUUCACGGGGGCUGAUCAAAAAGUUCCCUUCGGCUCUCCAAAGCCGCUGUCUGAGCUGAGGCAUCGGCUGGAGGAGGCCGGGCGCUGCCGCAUUCCUGGGGAGAACGUCUGGGAUGAGAGGGUUUCUCCCCGCCGGGAACGCCGGGCGAGGACGGGCGGCGCGGAGCCGCGCUCCGGCUUUCCCCCCGCAGGCCGGGCUGGGCGGCCAUCCCUUCGGGCAUGCUCCUCAUCCCUGAGGACACCAUGUCUCAGUACUCCACCAACUUCCUGCUGCUGCCCAUCCCCGAGUACCCCGCGCUGGACUGCGCGCCCAACAAAAUCAUCAAGCUGGUGGUGCUGGGCGGCAGCAGCGUGGGCAAGACAGCCCUGGUCGUGCGUUUUCUCACAAAGAGAUUUAUUGGGGACUAUGAAGCCAACACUGGUGCUUUGUAUUCCAGGAAGUUCACCAUAGAUGGGGAGCAGAUCUCUCUGCAGGUGCAGGAUACUCCCUUUGUCUCAUUGGAGGAUGACACGGACAGCAUCUGCUGCCAGGAGCAGAUAAACCGCUCGAUCUACUGGGCCGACGGCUUCGUCUUCGUUUAUUCCAUCACGGACUACGAGAGCUUCCGCGUGCUGCGGCCGCUGCACCAGCACAUCCGCAGGAUCCACCCCAACGCCAACAUCCCCCUGCUGCUCAUGGCCAACAAGGGCGACCUGCUGCGGGCCAGGCAGGUGUCCUCCAAGGAGGGGCUGCAGCUGGCCACCGAGCUGGGCGGCACCUACUGCGAGGUGUCGGCGCGGGAGAACUGCGAGGGCGUGCACGAGGCUUUCCAGCAGCUGUGCCAGGAGCUCAGCAGGAGCAGCAGCAGCUGCAACGGGGAGAAGAGGAGAGGUCUCCACCUGGUGCGGCCCAAGUCGCCCAACAUGCAGGACUUGAAGAGGCGUUUGAAGCAGGCUCUGACUUCCAAAGGCAAAUCUGCCACCACGCUUUGAUGCGGCCGCCCAGGAGUUUUGUUCCAGAGCCCUGGAUAAAAAGGCAACUGUGAGUUCAUGGGCCCCAAGUUGGGCAACUCCCUGGGGGCUCCCCUGGCAGGGGAGAUCCUCCUGGAGCAGUUCUGUGUCAGGAAUGAGAGACGCAUUGGACUUUUUUGGUCUCCAGGUUCUUGUUUUAUUGGUAUCUUAUCAUGACUUCAGCACACUGUCUGCACCCAGACCUUGCAUGCGUGAAAACAGCACAAAAAUGGCCAACAACCUCGUGCUGCAAGGUCUUUUGAAGCCUAAUCAAACACUAAACUACCCAAUUAAGAAGUGACAUCUAAAUUAUUUUCCUUUCUAACCCCAUAACUGACCCCUAAAGACCCGCAAUGCAGAUUUUUCUACCCAAUUACAAGAUACCACCUAAACCCAAGAAGAAAGAGGAAGAAGACGAGAGAAGAAAGGAACUCAAGACAACACCCUCUAUCCUCCAUCUUGAACCCAUCUAUAACAUACUAAAAAUCCUAAAACCUAAAUUUCUCACCCAUGUGAUGUACUACACUACUCUCUACAAUCUCUGCAAUCUAUUUCACACUUUUGUGGUUUCUAGUUUACCUUGAGGUUUUGGAAAUUUUCUUCAUGAAUGAGGGUCGAAGUCAGUGUUUUCCUGGGAGUUAGAGCACCCCAGGGCAGACAGGGGGAUAUUCCCCUUGCCCUGGGCUCCCACAGGCAACAAGCUGGGAAAAAGGGGCAUCAGUUCAGCCAUUGGCUUGUGUGAGAGAAUCUCAGGUCCUGUGAGAGACUCUCAGGUCCUGUGAGUGACUCUUUCAUUUGGUCUUCACAACUUUAUCAAAAAACCCCUUCUCGUUCAGCAAAGGAACUCACAGAAUUUGCUCUCUGGGGCAGGGAUUUCAAAACUGUGGUUUAAAAAAAGAGGUUGUCUCAAAUUCAUUCUAUCUUUUUGGUUUUGUUUAGAAAGGGGUGCAGUCAAAUGUCUUGGUGUUAAAAAAUGUGUUUUGUUAAUGAAAAUUAUGAAAACCUGCUUUUAAGAGAUGAGACUUGCCUUGGGAAUGAUUGUGUUCCCAAACACAGGCAGUGAACUGCAGCAGGACAUGAGGAGAGUGAUGGGAGCUGUACCGAGCAAGGAAAAUGGACCAGACCUGCUUCACUGCAAGACUGGAAAAUAAAUGAACAAAUUCAUUUAAAUGAAGAGCAUAAAUAGUGAAAAGUAUUAAUUGAAAGAAUGAGUUCUGAGCAAUGGGGAGGAAUUUGUACAUAUGCACACUUAAGCCUUGUGGUGUCCCUUUAAAGGGAGAUUUUUUUUAAAAAUCACUAUUUUUUCAGAUUAUUUUUGUUUAAAAGCACAGUGACUGCUUCUGAAAGUAACUAUUUGGGCAAAAUACAAACUUGUGGCAGCAUUUUGUUGUCAGUUUUUCCAUGGCAUUUCUCAUUUUUCUGAAGGUUUCUUACAUGGCAAAAGGGAAAAAUAGAUCAGAGUGAUUUAAAACCUGCCAAAAAAUGAACUUCACUGAUCAAGAGCAAGGAUGUCACCUAAAACUCUUUUUUUUUUUUUUUUCCCCAAACCAGUUAGACUUCAAGUUCAAAAUGCUUUUAAAGAAACAAAACCUUCACAUGAAACACAUUUACAUUAUUAGUUUGUCCAGGUUUUUUUUUUUAAGAAGAAAAGGUUUUAUGAUGCCUGAAAUUCUUGGCUUUGGGAAUUCAUUAUUUUGUUAUUUGAGUGUUUGUUGUUAAACCCGGGCUUCCCUGAACAGCUCCCAGAGCAUCCCAGCCUGUCAGGACAUUUCCCAGUGGCAGCGUCUGGUUGUGCCUCAGCACAUCUGAGGCUUUGGGGCUGCAUCCCAUAAACUGAUUUAUGGAACCAAUAACAACACCACAGAGCUCCCAGCACUCUGUUCUCUGUGAGAGUGGGGAGGAACGGGCUUGGACCUUGUAAAAUUCAUGAUGAACCAACCUCUUCUUCAAACAGAGCAGAUGAGCAAUGCAAGCACCAUGAAAUGAAGGCAAGCUCAGUGAUUUAUACUCAGGGACACUGGAGGGAAACCCAAGUUUGAUGGAUAUGGAAAAACACUCCCAGCUGCAGUUUCAUCUGGCAAGACUGAGCUAAAUCAGCCUUUUCCUCAUUAGGAGCAGCAAAAAUGGAAAUGGAGUCUGAUGAGUAUUUGUAUAGCUCAGGGCUUUAAAAUGUACUUUGUAUUUUUCAUUUCCCUAUAUUAGACAGCUCUAGCCAUGAUUUUAUCACCUGGAUUUGCCUUAUCUACAGCUCACUUUCUGUUUUAUUUAUUGUUUUCCACAGCUGCUCAUCUGAGAAUGUCUUAUGUUCUGAUUCAUUUAAGAGUCUUUCAUUCCCACAAAUGCUCUGCACCUGGUUUUAAAUUCAGUUUCAAGUGCUAUUAGGAGGGGAAAAGUUGGAUCAUCCAAAAAGGGACUCAAAUUAUAUCAGGGAAUUUUUACUUUGGCUUAUGCUUAAUUAACAAUUUGGUGUUUGAGCAGUGUCAUUAAUCAUCCCAGGCAUUUUGGCAUUUAUGGCAUGGAGUUUCAGUGUUUUAAAUUAAUAAUAACACAACUCAAAUAUUGUGAAAAUAAUAUGAAAAUUCAAUGUGAAAAUUCAAUAACUCAAAUAUUGAAUCUAGAGAUUCAAUGGCUCAAAUAUUGAGUCUAAAGAUACAAUAACAAGGAGUAGAGCAGUUUGCAAGACACACAGAAAGUAUUUUUGUGUUGGAAAAAUGAUCACCAAUUUUGAAUAGCAAUUAACAAUUUUGCCACUCAGUACUGUAUAAAAAGGGCUAAAUUUGCUGAAGACAUUUUGCUGAUAUUGAUUUGUUGGCAUCUUCCUUCAGCUCAAAUCCUUUCUAAUUUGGGAAGAAAUGUCACCAAAAUUCAAACCUGUCAAUGUUUUAGUUUCAUUAGUGAUUAAUAAAAAUGUGCAAGGUCUUCCCUAAGUAGUCAAUAAAAUGGAUUCUUUAUGUGUCA